UCCAGCGCCUCUCCACCUGGCUAACAAAACAGCGCACUGGAGGCGGAGGGGCAGCAGCCACCAGCCCGCUCCCCGCCUCCCGGACAGAGCCUCCGUCAGCAUGGGGGUGACAGGUGUCAGUGCAUUUCCCUGCUGUGGCAAGGAUGCUGUGGACAUCGUGGAGAGAACGAAUGACUCUCACCACCAGCCCCACACCCAUAAGGAAGAGGACGACGAAGCAGAGCAGAAAGCAGAACUGCCCAAGAAGGAGACACUACUCAAACUGUACCCAGGCCCGGGCCCAGUGCCACAGCUGGAGGAGAUGGCGCCAGUGGUACCCUCUAAGCCCACACCUGAGGCCGAAGGGAACUGUUUCAUUGAAAGCCCGGAGCCCGAGGGCUCCAGGAUCAAAUCCCUCAAGCCCUGUGAGGAAGAACUGUCAUCCAGGCCCUGGAGCUUCUUCACAAACUCGAGUAACAGAGAGGAUGAGCAGAUAUGCUCCACCCAGGUCCGCUCGAUCCGCGUGCAGACCUCCAAACACCUUUUCUGGGCAAACAAGCUCAUCCAGGCAUCAGAGCACAGCCUCCAGCAGGCCUUAGAGAAACAUCGCAAGAACCCACUGGAAAAGAAGUCUGUCUGCAUUUCCCAGGUUCUCACAGACUGUGCCCCACUGUCAUCAACCCCCCGGGCAUCUUGCACUAGCCUGCCCACAGCCAUUGGCCUGGCAGAUCUGAUCAACUUCGCAUCCUCCCUUGCUGUAGCCUCCUCCAGCAGCAAGGACUUGCCUAAUUUAAAAAAUAUGAUCAAAGGGACGUCUGAGAAGUCCCAGGAGACGUCUACAGAGCUUUGCCAGCCGGUCCAGUCCAUCAAGUAUACCCAGGCUACCCAGAUUACCCAGAUAUCCACGGAGAACCAAGAGAAAACACCCAAAGACAUUAUGACUCGCGAAUCUUGGACUCAAGAAACUAGGAACGUAGCUUGCUCUUACCUAGAUUUUUGUAAGACAGGGCUCAAGAAGGCCACCAUCGAAGGCGAAGUGAAGUUUGUCCAGGCACCAAGCACAUCCCCCCAGCUUCAGGAAGCCAAAGAAGACUCGGUGCCAGGAACCAAGAAAGGGAGUCCAUUAUUGCUGAAAAUCCAUUUUAAGUUGUCGGCCCCUUCACCCCAGAGAAAUUAGACAAAAGCAUUAAAGCCUCCAGUGCUGGCC